CCAAUUGUCUGUGUUUUGGGCUUCUGUCUGUUAUAAAAGAAGAGUGCAGGAAAGAUCCCACACAGCACUUCACUUCCUUGAGGCAGCAUGGCGUUUCUACACUUCUUUGCAGGUCUCUGUGUAAUUUCAGCUGUGACCAGCAAAGUUUUGACUGAAAAGGGAUGCGCAGGUGGACCUGAAGUCUGGUGUAAAGAUGUUGCCACUGCAACCUCGUGCGGAAAACUUUCAUACUGUUCUAACUUCAUGUGGGAUGAUGACUCUGAAUGGGAUGAUCUCUUCAUAUCUGCAGAGAAACCAAAGAGAAAGUGCAAGCAGUGCAUACAAAUAAUGAAGAAAAUAAUAAAGGCUGUGCCUGCUGAAGGGGAGGAGGAAGAAAUCAAAGAUGCAGUGAAUGCUGUCUGUGAUGACAAAUUUAAGAAGAAGGACAAGAAGCUUUGUCACAGCUUUGUGGAUUCAAAUGUCGAUUCCAUCGUAGAAUCCCUUAAGAAUAAGGAGGAUGCUAAGACUAUCUGCACCAACAUCUCACAAUGCUAGAGCCUUCCCAAGCUAGCAACAGACUUUGAAGCUUUCCCCAGUGUUUGUGUUACCACUGCAUUUUCGUCUGUCACUAAUGCACCAUGUUAUGGAGUGAAAAGAAGUCUCGGACUACACUAUUUUACAUGUAUUGCUGCACUGUCUGUUUUAUUUUUAAAAUGUGUUUUGUAGUUUCUUUGCAAGAAAAUCUGAGUAGCUAUUUUAAACAAAAACCCUGUUAAGCUGGUGUACAGACACCAAUAGCCCGUACAGUUAUGUUUAGGUAAUGAUGUAGAGGCCACCAACGGAGGGUAUUCUGUGGUACAACUGGAAGGGAGAUACCGUCACAGUAUUUUAAAUACAGGCACAUUGUGAAGGUAAUGGACAAUGGCAUUAUGUUAUGUGUACAAGCAGGAGAUGUACUACUAUGAAAAUUGUAGGAGAAUCAUUUCUCAGAUGUAAGAAAGAGAGGGAUUUCAAUUACUGAGGAUGAGGAUGUAGUUAGGAUAUGAAGUAGGAAGGGUUUAUUUGGGGAAAGUAGAAGGUGAAAUUUAGAAUAAUAAUUUUUUUUUAAUCCUGUAGGCUUGUAUAUAAUUUUGAGAUGUAUGGGUGUUUAAGAGUAUACUGUUUAUACUGUAUUUCACAAUUGAUUGUGGAUAUACUUGGGGAAUAAAUAAGUAGAACCUGUAGUAGUGUUCCUGCACAACAGUUACAAAGAUUGGAAUUUAAUACUGAUUCUGGCAUUUGUUUUAUUGUACCUAAUGUCACUGAUCGCUAUGGAUUAAUUAAGACAGUACUCUUGCUGUCUUCCCCAUAAUGCCAAAGUCUAUAAUAUUGUUUAAGAGCUGCAACCAGUGAAUGCUAUAAUUAACAAGAUAAUAAGUUUCAGAAAGGCGCUUUUUAUUUCAUAAGGGGUACAUCAGAAGAUUUAGUUAAGGUUAUAGUGUAAGAGUAGAGGGAGUUGAACCUAAAAUCUCAUAGGCAAUAAUAUGUGUAUUUGCACCUCUUUUCAUGAUCGUGAAGGUGAUAUUUUCAUUUAGUGGCUGCCAUGGAAUAGGAAUCAAAGGCUGUAUAGCUUUUCAUCAAAAUGGAUGAACUAGUAACCCAAUAAAUAAAAUGCAUUCUUUAUCUGGAAUUUUUUAUUGUGUGGCACUGUAUUGGAUUCAUUUGCUUCAUUUCCCUUCUGACAUUUGGCACUCAUUAUAAUGAUGUUUCCUUCUUUACAUGCUCAGUGUAUCAGAUUUUAGAAAUCAUGUGUGUGGUAUGUAAGACUGCAUAUGGUUUAGUUAUUAGAUCAUCAUUACACUCAGGACUACAGUUUUGUCAUUACUAAAUCAAUAAAGGAAAAUUUCUCUUACUUUUGUUGAAUUUAUGGAUAGUCUGCUCAGAAUUCAAGACAAGAUUAUGAAUAAAUACAGCUUACCUACCUACUUGGGUUCCAUGGUAAAGCUAGAUGUGAACCUAUAAAAUAUUGUAAAAUACAGAAAAUUGAACGGAUAGAAUAGUGGACCUCAUGGGUAUGCAUAUAGAUUACUGGCAUACCGGUGAAGCAGAAUAAACAAAACUCAGGUUAACAUAAAGUGUCCACUUGUGUUAGUAAAGGCAGUUGUACAAAAGUGAUGUAAUAUCAUGCUUUGCUGUUGUUUUGGAACAAUAAAUGUAAAACAUUUUAUCUGAA